AUGGGCCGAGACGAGGAGAUUCCUCUUCCUGCUGCAGGUGUUCACCGCCAGAUCCUGUACACGACCGUGGGGUGGUUUGUUGGUUACUACCUUGUUAAACGCACGGACUACAUUCACGCCAAGCUGGACAGAGAGCUGCUUACCUACGUCAAGCAUCACCCAGAAGACUUUAAGACAGCAGAAAAGAAAAAAAUAGGAGAGCUUUUGGAGGAGUUCUACCCAGUUCGCUGA